CUCUACGGAGGAGCUCCAUCUCACUCCUUGUGACCCCCUCGCAGUCACUCAUCGAUCUGGAGUGGAAAUAUUCACUACCGGUCGAAAUGCUUUAUCCGCCAUAUUGGCUCGCUAGCCGUGGGGUGGGUCAAUUAAAUCAGGGGAGCAUAUAAAUACUUCUGCUGAAGCGCAUGCCGAAUUCAUGGUUAUCUUCGAGAAGGAAGAACAGAGUCUUCGUCAAGGAGGGAACAAAACCUUUGGCCUGGCAAGCUUCAUGAGGAAAAGGUGGGAUAUAGGGGAUUUUUGGUAUUCUCAUGCCCCUGAAAUCCCCAGAGGCUUAUUAUAUAUUAUAUUCAUAAACCAUAUACCACAGAGAUUCAAGAAACCGCAUGACGCUGAGAUGGUUGAGUUUGAGCGAACCAUCACAUCAUAUUGGGCGCCGAACAUACAGAAGUUCCUUGAUGAUGGGAAGAUGAAAGACAAAGAGGUUUACGAGACAGCCUUCGCGACGCUUUCGCAGCCGUUCAAGCAAGCACACGUAUCGUUAUUCUGGCUUAUCCCCUUCCGCGUCAGGCCUUUGGCUUGCUGCCCGUGAAGAUUCUUCCUAGAUUAGCUACUUUCUAAGAAUUAUAGCUAACUAUAAAAUCAAGAUUACGAUAUACCAAGCAUAAGCUUAACAUAGGCUAAAAUUGCUCACCGCCAUCGGGACAGAAUCAAAGACUACGUACAAGUUGUAGCGGAUCGCCCCGAGCUAUAUA